GCCUCCUCUCGUCCCACAGUCUUAGUUGUUUUUCCUCGACAUAAACAUGAUUCCGGAUAAACAUUCGUUUUUUUUGUUGCAAACUGAGCGCCAACUUUACACGACUUUAGAUGAGCCAACAUUAGUUCGAGUGAAACAGGCGUCGUUUGCUUUAAGAAAAAACCCAGCGAUAAAGGGACAAUAGGAGCGCGUUUGUCUGUAACGGGAUGGACACGUACGGACAAUUCCCCGUGAAAAUGUCCCUGGCGGACAUGAAAGUGGCCAACAUGGAAGUGAGCAACAUGAGCGACAUCAACAAGGCCAACCCUCACGGCUGCGACAACGGCGCUCUGACGGACAGGUUCGGGGUUCUGAUCCAGGGACUUCUGGCCAUCGUCGCCUUCAGCACGCUGAUGUUGAAAAGAUUCCGGGAGCCUGUGGGGAUCCGGCGACCUUGGAGGAUCUGGUUUUACGACACAUCCAAGCAGGCCAUCGGCGCUCUCUUCAUCCACUUCGCCAACGUCUUUCUGUCCACGCUCACCAAGGAGGACCCGUGCUCGCUCUACCUGAUGAACUUCCUGCUGGACGCCACAGUAGGGAUGCUGGUCAUCUGGCUGGCGGUCAAAGUGGCGUCCAGAGUGGUGGAGCACAAGCAGUGGACGCUGCUCACCUUUGGAGAGUACGGUGACCCCCCCCAGGCGGCGGCGUGGCUGGGUCAGUGUGGCGUCUACCUGCUCAUCAUGGUGCUGGAGAAAGGCGCCAUCAGCCUGGUGUUGCUGGUCCCGGGCUGGUCCAAACUCCAGGCGCUCCUGCUGGGCUACAUCGCUGACCCUCAGCUGGAGUUGGUGCUGGUCAUGCUCAUCGUGCCCUUCAUCGUCAACUCCAUCAUGUUCUGGGUGGUGGACAGCCUGACCAUGAGGAAGAACAAGAGCCCGAUGAGCGUGGACGACUCGUGCGACAGCUCGCUGAAGGCCGACCCGCUGCCCUGGGCCGUGGACCACGAGUCUCGGGUUCUCCUCACAGUGGACACAGACACCGACGAGGCCUCGGGGGGUGAAGACCACGAGCCCGGCGAGGAUUUGCCUGCCGUGCAGUACUCCGGAGCUACGCUGAGGCCCAGCUGGGUCGUGGUGUGAAGCUCUGAACACACACACACACACACACACACACACACACACACACACACACACACUUACCUGGACAAAUGAAAUGUGUGUAGGGGGGGGGGGAUAAGCCACCCACGUUCUUUUGGGACUAUUGGGAAGAUCCCCACCCUCAAAGAGGAGCCUGAACUGCUUUGAAUCCACCUUUUGAUGCAAGGUGUAAUCAUCACUCCUACACACAUGCAAGGAAGUCAGCGUUUAUUACAAGACUGACACUAACCGCCUCAAACACACAGCUGGGGCUUCAAUCGGUUCCUGUGGCCAAAAAAAAAAGACAUUUAAUGGGAAAUUAGCAGAAUGAAAAUUCUUCUGUUUACAUCUGUGAGGACUGAACAUGUUUCUGGAGCUGAAUGUCGACAUUUGUUCAAUCAUUUUGUAACGUAUACAGCACAGACCAAAAGUUUGGACAUACCAGAAAAAAUACAUUUUUUUGGACAAUUUAAUGGGAAAUAUGAAAAUUCUUCUGUUUACAUCAGUGAGAACUAGGGAUGUCCGAUAAUGGCUUUUUUGCUGAUAUUCCGAUAUUAUCCAACUAUUACCGUAUUUUCCGCACUAUAAGCUGCCCCGGGUUAUUAGCCGCACCUUCAAUGAAUGGCAUAUUUCAAAACUUUGUCCACCUAUAAGCCGCCCCGGACUAUAAGCCGCAUCUAACUGCGCUAAAGGGAAUGUCAAAAAAACAGUCAGAUAGGUCAGUCAAACUUUAAUAAUAUAUUAAAAACCAGCGUUCUAACAACUCUGUUCACUCCCAAAAUGUACGCAAAUGUGCAAUCACAAACAUAGUAAAAUUCAAAAUAGUGCAGAGCAAUAGCAACAUAAUGUUGCUCGAACGUUAAUGUCACAACACACAAAAUAAAC